GGAAGCUAGCGAAUACCAGCUACAUGGUGAAAACAAAAACAAGGACUGUAGGGAGACUGAUGUCAGGCAUUGUCUAGCUGUAACGUAGCUAAUAAACACUAACUUUGUAACAGUAGCUUUGUAAGACUAAGUUUGUUUAAUUAGUGAACGUAGAUAGUUGGCUGAUUUGCAGCGCCUAACGUUAGCUAGCUAGCUGUUGCAUCAAGUAGCUAUGCUUAGCUAAGUUUAUUGUUAUAUAACACAAACGUUUGCUCGCUGGCUGGUUAGGAAGGACUUGUUUAAUUGGACGCGACCUGGUUGUAGCUAACAGUUAACAGGUAGCCGUACGUGGAGACACCAUGCCCCAAGAAGCCCCAGAGCAGCCUGGGGAACGUCUCCCGCUGGUGAGAUCGCUACGCAGUCGCAUACGGUCGCACCUUAUAUUUUACAACAGAAGCCCCCGUGUAGUCCUACCCGUGUGGAUUAAUUUCAAAGGGGAACCGCAACCAUAUGGCCCUUUACAGCCAGGCACCGGGACAAAAAUGACGACAUUCGUUGGUCAUCCGUGGUUGUUCAGAGACGCAGAGACGGAUGAGCCAAUGGUGGUGAACGGCAAGGAGGUGUUCCUUCCAAAAGCUACUAACGACCAGUACGUGCUGGUGAACAUCACAUUGCCAGUCCUCAGCCUGAAGGAACGCUCCCUCCAGGUGGUGCGACGCCUCGUGAAGCCGGAGGACUACCGGAAGCUGGAGAUCGCGCGGUGUCUCCAGGAGGACCUGGAGGACUGCCCCAACGUGCUGAAGGACCUGCGGCGGAUCUCGCUGAAGGUGGAACAGCGGCUUCGCGAGGAGAGGGAGGCGCAGCAAAACAGUAGCUGACAAAACGACCUUUUACCUGUUUGUUAAAUACACACUAAAUGCACAUUAUUACAAAAUAAACUGCUGGACAAAAGGCUGGGAAAGAGAUGUGCUGGCAAACAUGAAUCUGUGGCAGAAUUAAAACAUGUAAAAGCUGAUCUCCAUCAGAGUGAUUAAAAACAGGUCUGUGACCUGUUUUCUGACUGUAUAGAACCCUUUUAGUUCAAACUAUUAUUGAGUUUUACAACACCAGACAACACCAGACCUAAUGGAAAGUGCACUUUUUUAUACACUGCUCAGCUAUAUAUCUUAUUUUCUCCUAAUAUGUGUAGCUUUCUCUGCUGGAUAUUAGACUACUUUAGUGUCCUAAAAUGAGGAUAUUCCAUCCACAGUUCAGACAGAAAAUAAGACAACACUGUUAAAGGAAGAUGCUGAACCCAAGACCAUGGUCAGGAGUUGAUGUUUAAUUCUUUAUUGUGGUUGUGGGUUUACUUCUGAAGUAUGGUAGUUAUUUUACUACAAGUAUGAUUUUCAGAAUGAGUGCAAUAAUGUUGAAAUGAUUAAAUGUACUACUAAUAUGUACAUAAGAGAUGCAUUCCUGCAUAGUGUUCUGCAGGGAAUAUUUUCUUUAUUCUUAUGCAAUGCAGAUAAAAGCCCCACAGCUCAAAUCAUUUGAAAUUGCUGGGGAAUGUGAAUUUCAGCCAACUGUGAUUUGUGCGUGUGCGCAGUGUGUAAAACGAUUCAACUCUGUGCUCUGGAGCGGGGACUGAGAUUAAACCCUUAUUUUCCCUGGUAUGGUACCAGUUGGUGAUAUAUAUAUAUAUAUAUAUAUGUAUAUGUAUGUAUGUAAUUUUUUUUGUCACUUGACAUGUUUCAUCUGAGCAAGUGAAAGGAAUGGUCCAUUUUGGGGCAAGCUGCUUUUAACCUCUGAAAAAUGUAUUCUUUUGUACCCUG